AUGACUCAGAAACGCUACAAGUACACCCUCGGGUUCAUUCGCUCGGAAUCAGACCAUGUGCUUUUUCUCAAUCGACAGAAGGCUCCAUGGAUGGGCCGCUGGAACGGUGUGGGUGGAAAACUCGACGAAAAUGAGUCUCCUUACGAUUGCAUAGUCAGAGAGACCUUUGAAGAAACGGGCCUUCACAUUCCUCAGUAUGAAGAUCGUGGCGUCCUCCGCUGGAUUAGAGACGACAUAGAUUUGGGUGGUGUUCACCUUUUCACUGCACAAGUGUCAGAUCAGGAUAUGGCCGCCUAUAAGACACCCAGAGUUCAUUGCCAUGAAGGUAUCUUGGACUGGAAGAAGAUGGAUUGGCUCAUACACGAGGAGAACACGGGUGUAGUGGACAAUGUCAAGAUCAUUUUGAAAGAUUUGUUCAGGGCCACCCCCGAUUCCUUGUGGGUUUCUACGUACGAGGGAAAGAAGCUAGUUAGUUGUACUUACAACAAAUCAUAG